AUGCUUCCGACAAUCACACAAGACUCGCAACUUGCGACCGCGGUCGCUAACGCUGUUCGACCAAAAUUGGUGGAGAUGGGUUGGAGCACCGACGACGGCCAGGAGUCCGCUCUCAUCGAAUACAUCGUCUUGAUGCUUGUCAACGGCAAGACACAGGAGCAACUGGCAACUGAGCUUUCGAACGACUUCCUUGGACUAGAUGAGGGUGAUACACAGGCCCUUGAGUUCUCCAGAUGGCUCUUUGGUCAAGUUGAGAUCCUUGAUCAACAAAUCAACGGUGUACCCGCGACAAACGACGCCGCUCCCCAGCACGUGCUAUCUGCCAACGCUCAAGAUUUUACCCCACAAGGAAACGGGAUGGAUGCAGAGAUGGGCGAUGCAGGCGAAUCUAUCCCCACUGGCCCCAAGGCUAUGCGCAACGGCCGACAAGCUGGCCGAGGACGAAUGUUGAACCAGAUCAACCGUAGUCUGGACCGACCAGGCGAAGGCGCACUUCACCGCGUUCGCGGACACCAAGGAAACGGGCGCAUUGGAGGCCACGGUCAGAACCAAAUGAAGGGAAACCGAGGUGGCCGUGGAGGUCGAAACAUGGGUGGAAUGGGAAUGGGAAUGGGAAUGCAGGGCAACAUGGGUAGUGGCAUGAUGCAAAUGAGCCCCGAGAAUCAGAUGCAAAUCAUGUCCAUGCUGGAAGAGCAGGCACGCAUGAUGUCUCAACUUAUGCCUGGUUUCGUUCCUCCCGCCGUCAACCCCGCCUUUCAGAAUGGUGGUCAACAAGGCCGCUCACUUUUCGACCGUGUCGAGCCCCAAGGCCGACGCGGUGGACGUUUCCAAGGACGUGGAGGACACCAACAACAACGAAGCAAGGGCGCAGAAAAUGCCGAUGUCGACAUGGAUACUGGAAUGGACGGCGAGCAGGAUGAAAGCAACCCUAACAAUAUCUGCCGAUUCAACCUCCGUUGCACUCGCAAAGACUGCCCCUUCGCUCACCAAUCUCCCGUUGCUCCCGAGGGCACAUCUAUCGAUGUAUCAGAUGUCUGCUCAUACGGUGCCGCUUGCAAGAACCGCAAAUGCACUGGUCGCCACCCAUCUCCCGCCGUCAAGUCCGCCCACCAAGCCGAAGAGAUGUGCAGAUUCUUCCCUAACUGCACUAACCCACACUGUCACUUCAAGCACCCUGAUAUGCCGAUGUGCCGCAAUGGUGCCGACUGCAAGACCGAAGGUUGCAAGUUUACCCACGUCCAGGUUGCUUGCAAGUUUAACCCCUGCAUGAACCCUCGCUGCACAUACAAGCACGCCGAGGGUCAGCGCGGUAACUUCGGUGACAAGGUUUGGACAGCGUCUGGACCAACAAGCGAACGCAAGUUCGUUGAAGACGAGAACGCGCCGGAGGAAUUGGUCAAGCCCGAGGCAGGCGAGGCCUCCCAAAGCCAGGAGCUUACCGCGUGA